UUGUAAGAAGAGGACGUUCCCACUGUGUGAGGAGUUCAUACAGCUGCCAACAUCUUGGAAUUCCCAGAGAAUGAAUUGGUGUGUGAUUUGGAGUGUCUUGCUCUGGAUUACUGUGACUUAUGCUUCCAAGCCCACCUACAAAUGGAAAGAUCGAAAGACCAACGAGAAGUUGUUGUGUGAGAAGUGCCCACCAGGGACGCGUGUGGCACAACACUGCACUAAGGACAUGCCCACCGUUUGCAAGCCGUGUUCAGAUCAGUACUACACCCAGUAUUGGAACUACCUUGAGAAAUGCUUAUACUGCAAUGUUUUCUGCAAUACCAUGGAAGUGGAGGUGGUGGCAUGCAACAGGACACACAACAGGGUGUGCCAGUGCAAGCCAGGCUACCAUUCUGAGUGGUUCUUUUGCACUGAGCACUCAAAAUGCCCUGCAGGAAGUGGAGUGGUUCAGCCAGGCAACCCACAAGAAGAUACCACGUGCAGACCUUGUUCAGAGGGGACCUUCUCCAGCAAACAUUCCAACAAAGAUGACUGCCAGCCCCACCAGAACUGCUCUGAGCAGGGCCUUCAGGUCAAUGUUCCUGGCAACCGGUUCCACGAUACCCUGUGCACUACCUGCCAGGAUGGCAAAGGCUUGGAGGAGGGGUCAGGAAGCGGAGACUGUCAAGAAGCUGCAAUUGACUUUGUACCAUUUCACCUCAAGUCCGUACGACGGCUGCGGCGCCUGCACCGUAAGCUUGGUAAAAAUCCUGCUGGGAGGGACAAGCAGAAGACUAGAGAAGAGCUCCAGGUGGACCUUCACACCCACCUCAUUCAGCUCAAGAACGUGCAUGGGAAAGAGCAAGUGUGGGAGAUGCUCCAGGGAGCCCUGGAGAAGAUGAAAUUGCAAAACAUUUUGGAGACAAUCCAGAAGCAGUUCCUUGUGGGUUUAUGAGACAACUCUUACAGAUAGUCCUCGCUAAACGGCCAUUCGUUCAGUGACUGUUUGAAAUUUCAACAGCGUUAAAAAAAUGGAUUUA